AUGGAUUUAUUCAAUGACGUUCUUAUCACAGCUCGAAAAACUGAUGAACAAGUCAUAGACUCGUCUGAGCCAGAACCUGACAAUACUUUAGACUUUUCUAGAAUGAGUUUUUUUAUAAAUCCAGCCUUUAAUGACGGACAAAUGGCAAAACCCUAUACUCACUCAGCACAAUAUAUCCCCAAAAAACUGAAAAAAAGCAGAGUUAAAAAGAACGCGAAAACUUUUGAGCUCCAGCAGUUAUUGGCGAUAUCAGAAAUACGGUAUUUUGAAGACACAAAAAAGCUGCAGCAGGCGAUUGUGAGGAAUAAAUCGCUGCAGACUGUAUUUUUGGUAGCGUUUUUGUAUAAGGUUUAUCCGUUUAUAAAGAGGUCUGUCAUGAUGGUGAGGAGGGUUUAUUGAAACCGGUGGAAAGGAAUUAAUGCAGAAUUAGGCACGAAGCCACUGCCAAGUACUUUUAAACUGAGAGGCUUUCUUAACUUAUGGAGAAAAAUAAUGAAAAAUCAACUCUUAAGGUCUUUUGUGAUGUUUAAAGAGAGAGGAAUUCUUUCGGAGCUGCAGCUGCAGUAUUAUGGGAUUGACUCAAAGCUGAGAUAUAAAAUAUCUCGAUAUGUCCCUCCACCGAAAAGUUUGAACACAAAUUUGGAAAAAUUGGAGUCUAUGAAAGUGAUUGAUCCACAAGAAAAACUGAAAUUUGAUAGUAAAGUUAGAAAUCAAAUGGUUAUGCUGGACAUAAAUGGGUUAGCCGCUAGUCGUUACUAUUUUUGAUUUCCGACCUGAAUCAUUUGCCAAGGGAUCAGCUCCUGAUAUAAGAGCCAAGGCCUGCAGAGAGCCCGAUGGCCUCUAUAAGAGAAGAUCGUGAUAGUAAAAAAUGUCUAGCCCAUCUACAAUGACAGGAAUACUUUCAGAAAGAAAACUUCCCUCGGCAAAGCAUCUCAAAUUAAAGACUUACUUCAAAAAGACAGGCCUUGCUUUCAGCUUUAUCAGGAUAGGUCCUACCAGCUUCAUAGGGAGUGCGCCAUCCAAUUUCCGUCAACGUCACCAUUUAUUCCUCUAAAGCUAGAAAGGAAUUUUCUAAAGUAAUAAAGAAAAAAAGCGAAAAUGACAGGAGGAUAGAAAAAGUUAUGGGGAAGACUUACUAUCAAUAA